AUGACUCAAAACAAACGACAACGACAUACUUUGACAGAUGAUUGUGAUGAUAUGAAGAAGAAAAAAUUACAAUAUACUUCUCUUUCCUCUUCAAUUAAAAGAAAUAUAUACAGAAAUUCGAUCAGUCAAUUUGAAAAUCUUUCAAAUGAAGUUAUUUAUGAGAUUUUCGAAUUUAUCGAUGCUUGUCAACUCUACGAAAGCUUUUUUGAUCUUAAUAUACGAUUUCGAAAUUUUUGUAUACAUUCAAAUCUUUCAAUUCAAAUCAAUGCUCAAUCUAUAUCUAAAUCGACUUUUCAAUGUAUUCAUAUUAAUUUCAUUCUGCCUAAUAAACAUCGAAUUCAAUCACUUGAUUUAUCAAAUCCAUUCAUUAUUGAUUUUUUUUCUUCAUCAACAGAAGACAUUUCAAAAUAUUCUCAACUUCAAAUACUUAUUCUUGAUAAGAUGGAGUCAGGAUAUCUCGAAAAUCUUCUUAGAAGUUUAGCAUCUUUAUCUAAUCUAUCUUCAUUAAUUAUUUCUAUUGGUCUUAGUUCAAAUAAAAAUAUUCUCUGA